AUGUAUUCGUCAGUAUUUUCUUGUCCAGAGCCGGAAAAUUCACAAACUCAGCAUUCGGUGAAAGUUGAGAAAAAGUCCUCGUCCGUUUCCUCCUUGUUGUUUGUAGAAGAAAUUGUCAGCAAGGACGACGAUAUGUUGCCGAUGAAGGCUGAACUAGAACAGUUAGAGAAAGAAGAAAUUCAGCUAAGGAAACAGCAGGAAAAGGAAGAGCUCCGCAUAAAAUUGAACAAGAAAAAGGCAGAGGUCAAGGCCUUAAAAGAAAUUCGUCCUGUUGUUAUUAUAGGAGAUUCCAUCAUUAAAAAUAUUUCUCCGAUCGAGGGAGUCAAGAUCCAGUCCUUUCCUGGUGCAACUAUUGGCAGAUUAGCUUAUUUGGUUAGUCAACACAAAAUUGAUUUGUAUGACAAAAGCUUUAUUGUUGUUCAUGUUGGCACUAAUAAUAUAAGUAAUCAACAGUCAAUUCAUUCUAUCGGUUCAGAUUUUGCCAAUUUGAUUGCAUCUAUUAGGCAUGAAAAUCAUUCAAUAAAGAUUAUUAUUUCUUCUGUUCUCCCUUGACCGGUGGAUCAUUCUGAUACAGACAUUACAAUCAAAGAAUUAAAUCAUUUUCUUGAAGAUGUUUUGGCUUCAAAUCUGAAUUUUAAAUUCAUAAGAUCAUACCGUCCAUUUUGUUUUAAAGGUCAAGUUAAAAGAUUUUUAUUUGCUAAAUUAGAUGGUGGGCUUCAUUUGAACACAGAAGGCUCCAAUCGUCUUAGGCAUUUUUUCUUACGUGUGAUUUCCACUUUACCACGUAAGUUGUUCAGUUAAAAUUCUUAGGAUUACUUGAUACUUUGUCUUUUUAUAUCAUAUAAUAUUUUGUCAAUUUUAUUUAUU